AUGGUGACGGCGCCAGCUGUUCCUGAGAUCUUCGAAGAAGAGCUGCACUCCGCAAUCGAAGCGCGCUCCGAGACCCUCCAAACGCUUCGAGAGCUAGGCCCUCCAGACCUCGUGCACCUUAUCAAGCAGCCCAUCAGAGACGUCAAGAAACAGGUAGGAGUGUAUCACCAUGUCACCGGUAUCGACGCCUCCUCUUCGGCCAGUCUGGCAGCCUACAUAAAUACUCUGACCUUCUCGCCGCAUGAUAAACAGCACAAGGUCGUCUCCGGUCUAUAUUGCUGCUACAAUGCAUUCUCGCGACUGGAUAUGCGCGUACAAGUGUACAUUCCGGGUACCGUGGAGAGCUACUGCAUCGAUGAGCGCGGCGACAAGCGCGUUGCGACCGACGAGUUGUGGCUAGAAACAUACCUCUGCAGUGUCCUCCGUGCAUACUCUUAUGCCGACGAUGGAUCGGGCGACACAAUCAAGAAGAUUGUUGGCGUGCGGAGAUUUAACCCAAUCACGAGCACCGAAAGUGAACACAAGUUCCUGGACGCGGCAGAGCGCUUAUUCUUCAAUGGCUGGCAACUCGGCUCAGAUCCUGAAAUUCAGGUACCCAACCUCGUCUCGAACCACCUCACUACCGGACUUCUGAAUUACAUACACACUACGGGUCGAUACGCCUCGGGAAUAAAUCUAUUCGAGAAGCUACGGACCAAGGAUCCCGAAAUCUCGUCCUUAUUGGCGAGGGUGUAUAUCGAAGCAGACGAGGAGGUGAAAGCUGUGCAAUUAUUGCACGAGGCCAUCCAAGAGCUGCCCAUGGACUAUUCGCUGCUAGACUGCCAGGCUGACUUCUGUAACAAGAAGGGACGCGGUGACCUCGCUUUGGAGAUUGCGAAGAGAAGCGUAGUUUCCGCACCUAGCGAGUUCGGAACGUGGGCUCGCUUGGCCGAGAUAUACGUCAGCCUCGAGCAGUGGGAUUUGGCCCUGUUGACGCUCAACUCAUGUCCUAUGUUCACAUAUCAGGACAAGGACGCGCCACGGAUGCCGGAGCCACAGAGGGUUUUCCUGCCUAUAAUGCCAGAAGCCAUCUGCGACGAGAUAAUAGAUAGCCCAGUGGAUGACGUGGAACUCGUUCACCCUACCCUCCGCAAACUCCACGCAGCCGGCUUCAAGGGCACUUUCCUCAAAGCUUACAUGCUCCUCACCGAAAUCACGAAGAAGAUCGGCUGGGAUCAGCUCCUCAAAAUACGAAGCCAGGUCUUCGUCAUGGAGGAAGAAUACCGCAACGAGAAGCAGACCGCACCGCAUGGUACAACUUCGCGCAACGCCAGCGUCACCGCGCUGCGCUCGCCUUCUCCGACGCCCAAAAUCAACGGCGAGGCCCACGGCGAAGUCGAGGAAACCGCUUCCGAUGCAGAAGACGACGUGCCAAACGGUGCGUCGUCUUCUUCUGCGGCACCCGUAGUCGAAGCUACUUUAGAAAAACCCUCCCACACCGUCGCCUCCGAAGUCGUCAAAGCCGGCUCCGAGGACCCGCACCCCAUCUCCACACCCUCAAACCCCAACCAGCAGAAUUACACGCACUUUCACAACAAGCGACUCUGCGAGCGCUGGCUCGACAACCUCUUCAUGGUGCUGUACGAAGAUCUCCGCGUGUACACGAUAUGGCGUACCGAGAUGGCGCAGUACCGCUCACAGCAGCUGCUGUACAAGAAGUCGGCCGAGGAAUGGGAGAUCCUAGGCGAGCUUGCGGAAAGGUUGCACCAUGAAGAGGAGGCGGUGGAUGCGUAUGAGAAUUGCCUCCAGAUGAAGUUUAGCCCGAAGGCCAUGCGGGGGGUGCUGAAGUUGGAGGAUGGUAGUGGUGCGAAUGUGAGGGAUGUCUGUGGGGCAUUGAUUAGGCUGGUUACGUGGCAGUAUCGGUGGUACUCUGAGUUUUCGCCGAACCUGCUCUACACCAUCCGCAAGCUCAUCGAGGAAGAGGGCGCCGUCAAAAUUAGGAGUAUCAUCCAGGGAACUAGUCUGCCGCAGCACGUCUUGGAUCUUACGCAUCAAUAUGCGGCGUUAUGUGCUGCUUUUAGAAGCAGUGGUAGCGAUGGUUAA